AUGCGUUCCGCUCAAUUCCUUGCCCUCGCGAUGGCCGUCGCUACCUCUGAGGCCAUCUCUCAAGGUUUCAACUACGGUGCUCUUAAGGUUGAUGGCAGCCUCAAGACCCAAUCCGACUUCGAGACCGAGUUUUCUACUGCUAAGAACCUCGUUGGAACCGACAAUGCCUUCACCAGUGCCCGUCUGUACACCAUGAUCCAGGGUGGCACUACCAACGGCCCCAUUGAGGCCAUCCCCGCCGCUAUCAAGGAGAAGACCACUCUUCUCCUCGGUCUCUGGGCUUCCGGUGGUGGCAUGAGCAACGAGAUUGCUGCCCUCAAAAACGCCAUCUCCACCUACGGCGAUGCAUUCACAGACCUAGUUGUCGGUAUCUCCGUCGGCAGUGAGGAUCUUUACCGUAGCUCCGACACCGGUGUCAAGGCCAACGCCGGUCUCGGUGUCGAAUCCGCCGAGCUUGUCGACUACAUCAAGCAGGUCCGCUCCGCCAUCUCCGGUACUUCCCUGAGCGGCGCCCCCAUCGGCCACGUCGACACCUGGAACUCAUGGACCAACGGCUCCAACUCUGCCGUCAUCGAGGCCGUCGAUUGGCUCGGUUUCGAUGGAUACCCCUACUACGAGAACACCGACCCCAACUCCAUCGAUAAUGCCAAGGCCCUCUUCAACAAGGGCGUUGAGAACACCAAGGCUGUCGCCGCCGGUAAGGAGGUUUGGAUCACUGAGACUGGCUGGCCCACUACUGGCGCCACCGAGAACCAGGCUGUCGCCAACGUCGCCAACGCCAAGCAGUUCUGGGACGAAGUCGCCUGCCCUCUGUUGGGCGUCACCAACACCUGGUGGUACAUCCUCGAGGAUGCCGGUACUACCGCCCCCAGCUUCGGUGUCACUGGUUCCUCCACUGACACUACCCCCCUGUACGACCUGAGCUGCAAGGCCUCCACAUCUUCCAGCUCUGCCGCCUCUUCCAGCACCUCAGGUGUCGCCGAGAAGUCUGGUGUCGUCUCCGGCGCUUCUCCCUCCGCCACUGGCUCCGCCUCCGGCUCUGAUGCCUCUGACUCUGCCUCCGCCUCCCCCACCCUUCCCUCCAGCUCUGCCACCCGUGUCGCUGGCUCUGCUGCCGGUGCCCUGGUAGUUGCUCUCGCCCUUGCUUUCACUUUCUAA